GGGGAAAGGAAUCUGGUGAUCCCAAUAACGCACCUGUGGCAGGACAGGCAAUAGCAAGUACAUCGUUUCCCUACAGCGCGUAUGGCCAGCAGCUGAGCUACUGGUACCCCCAAAGCUACCCUGCAGCUGCAGCUGCAAGUUCUGCGCAAAUGCAAGGUCAAUUUCUAGGUGGCAUGCAAGGAUAUGCUUAUGGUCAAUUCGGCGGAUAUCAACAAUCAUAUAUGGGAAUGGGUCUCCAAGUCCCUGCGGCGGCCACAGCAUGGCAGGGCAUACCCAACCAGCCCCAGCUACCUGCGACCCCACAACAAAUGACAGCCCCUGCGGCCACGUUGCAGCAGCCCGGCCUCGUUUUCCCCAUUCAGCAAUAUCAAAUUGCAUGAGCCUAUCGCCUUUCUCAUUCCCCGUAUUCCGGCAGCUAGAAGACGAAUGGCUCGGCCCCGGCCUGCUGGUGUGAAUGCGAUCGCCGAUGCCGAUCGGAUACGUUCGGACGCCUCUGGAUAGUGGCCGAGCCCUGAGGAGCGCGCGAUGUCAUUCGAAACGUUGGGGCGACAUCUCGACUGCUGGUCGCUCGCUGCUGAUCGAAGAUCCAAUUAUUUCACUUGAGUUACCUGUACUUCUGCGGUAGGGUUGUAUUAAUGAACGAUUUAGGUAUAGUGUUUAAGAGUCUGUUGGCUACUUUACAAUUGGCCGACGACACCUUUAUCUCUUCAACUUGCGAACAUUCUUGAUUUUUCAAUGAUUGAAAAAUAGUCGCAAUUUUUCUUUGUCAGUUUCUGCUUCAAACUCCAAGUCAGGUAAGUGUUUGCCGCUGCGAUUCCACCAUCUACAUUCUAUCUGAGUGAUUUCUUCAAACUAUCAGCUUUUUUUCAUGGAAGUUUGAGAUUAG